AGACCGCGGAGGGAUCGCUACUUGUCAGCACCAUGGUCAGAACGCACAGAGGCAGUAAACAGCACAGGUCUAACGUUGUCUCAGCGACUCACUAGGACACGGAGACAUUGAACCGUGAAGACGUUUUUUUUUCUGUGAACAUUUCCGAAAACAAAUGUUAACUUUCGGAUAGUACCGUUUGCUAGACUGUUCGGGGGCUGGAUUUCAGUUUACUUGCUGGUGCUCUGCGGUGGAAAAUAGGAAAAAUGUCGUCUCCAAGUCCGGGUAAAAGGCGAAUGGAUACAGACGUGGUGAAACUCAUCGAGAGCAAGCAUGAAGUCACCAUCCUCAGUGGACUCAAUGAAUUUGUAGUUAAGUUUUUCGGACCACAAGGAACACCGUACGAAGGAGGCGUGUGGAAGGUGCGAGUAGAUCUUCCUGACAAAUAUCCUUUCAAAUCACCAUCAAUAGGAUUCAUGAACAAGAUUUUUCAUCCCAACAUUGACGAAGCGUCAGGGACAGUGUGCUUAGAUGUCAUCAACCAGACAUGGACCGCCCUUUAUGAUUUGACCAACAUCUUUGAGUCGUUCCUGCCCCAGCUGCUGGCUUACCCAAACCCCAUCGACCCCCUGAAUGGAGAUGCAGCUGCCAUGUACCUUCACCGGCCAGAGGAGUACAAGCAGAAAAUCAAAGAGUACAUCCAGAAAUAUGCAACAGAGGAGGCUCUGAAGGAGCAGGAAGAGGGGGCAGGCGACUCCUCAUCUGAAAGCUCCAUGUCUGAUUUCUCAGAAGACGAGGCCCAGGACAUGGAGUUGUAGUUAUAGGAGGGCUCCCCAUCCCGCCUCCUCCUUUAACCCCCACAGAGACUAUAUUUGAUUUCCUAACUAUGAGAAAGCAGACUUAUAAUAUUCAUAUUUAAACAAGUUGAUUUUUUUAUUAUUAUUAUAAUUAUUACUACUAAACAAGGACUUGUAUGGAUAUCUAGCCUUUGGUGUGUUUGACAGACACCCCUCCCAUUCUGUAGCCGUUUUUCCUCUCGCAGAUGUCGCGAUUGCUUUCACACGCCCCUGUUUUCUCCACAUUUUUAAGGCAUGUCAUGUAGGCGUAGGCAGGAAGUCUCCCACUUGAACAUCUAAUUUCUUUACUCAAAUUUCACUUUUUUAAUAUAUAAAAAGUAUAUAUGUUUGACCUGAACCCUAAUUUCCUUUUCUUUUUAGUCGCUACUGUAGGUGCACAGCUCUACAAUAUUAUCUUGUAGUCAAGACGGUGUUCCUGAGGCGCACAAUCACACACACACACACACACUUGGUGUCAUAGCACACCUUAUAUAGGAGUACAAGAAGUGUAGUGCCAAAAGAAGCCCAUGACCCUGAAUGCUUCCUCAGCAUAUCUUUGUCAACAGGCAGUCGGGAUGCUACCACUCGUUGCUGACCUGCUGCCUGUCUACAUGUGCAGAGCAAAAAUAAAGGCUUAACAAGGUCUUAUAAUGAAUUGGAUACAUGUCUUGUUACAGGGUGAGUGACAAUGUGGUGACAGAGACGUGUUGCAUAAACUGCACGGAUGAUAAAGGCAGUGAAGAUGGAAGAGGCAUUUGUGGAGAUUCCGGUCAGAUUCAUUUGGUGGGAUGGGAACAGGAAAUGGACCAGAGCUACCCUUCUUUAAACAUCUAGCCAUAUGGAUUACAUUUUUCGUGCAAUUUUUCUGUCACGAGACGAGUCGAAUACCUGAGCAACAAAUGUUCUCAUUGUGCAGGGUAACACUGGCUGUCAAUCACCUCUCCUGCUUUUGAAAAAAACACAUUUCUAAUCGUGUUAUUGGUUAAGAACAACUUUUCAGGUCGAGGAAGAAUGUAACUAUCACCUAUUGUGGUGAGUAUAGAAAACGAGCACCAAAGUCCUUUUUUUAAUUUGAGUGAAAAGCAGCAAAAGUGGUCACUUGUUUAUUGAGUUGAUCUGAAAAUGAAGAGCUUUAUUGAGGAUUCUGGUUUGUGUAGCAUUUGUCCGACUCCAAUGCUCCAAUGCAUGCCCUUCAUAUGGGUCCGACCUGAUGUUUGAAGCCCGACUGCAUCUACUGGACUCCCACUUUAUUUCUCCCUACCAGGAUCUCUAGUUGGAAGAUUACAAAAUAAGAGCCCAAUGUAUGACAUUAAGGCUUAUAGCUAUUUUUGAGGGGAUUGAUUUCAUAUGUAUAGAUUUGACCUCUUAUCUAAAAAAACAAAACAAAUGCUGUUACUCAUUGUUGAUUCAAUGUGGCGGGUUAAGAUGUAAAUCCAUGAUGCGUGGAAAGAAAUUGCAAUCGCAGCCUUUGACUGUUUUUUUUUCUCCAUCUUUUAUAUCCUGUACAUUUAGUUUUUUUGCCCGAUGGGGGGGGGGGCCGUAGUUUUGUGUAUGUACAGCAUCUACCUUGUACAGUGAUGAGACACCUCUCUAGCCUCGUGAGAUCUCGGCGUUGAACCCCAAAACUACCUAGAGAACCUAGAGAUGUGUUCUCGUCACAGGUUCACAGCCGUGAGAAUGACUCGUUGCUUUGUGGCCGAUCGUGCAUCCCCGCGCGGGGGAGUCGAAGAAGCGGAAUCGGGAAGCGUGACCAUUUAAGAACAACCCCCCCACCCUCCCUCAAACCAAA